GAGGCAUCGAUCCCAUCCUGCGAGGCCAAAUAGGUACACCAGCCAAACAACUGAGACAAGAUCAGAUAGUAGUAGAGGCUCUGCGAGACCGACUCUUCCAACAAGUCGCAAAAUUAGGAUUGGAUCUGCCAGCGUUGAACAUGCAGCGUGGCCGAGAUCACGGUCUACCAGGUUAUAAUGCCUGGAGACAAUUCUGUGGCCUCUCACAACCUCGCAAUGAAAAUGAUCUGGCCCAGGUCCUCCAGAAUUCUCAGCUGGCCAAAAAGUUCAUUCGGCAUUACGGGACACCCAGGAACAUCGACCUCUGGAUUGGGGGAGUGGCUGAGCCUCUCAUCCGGAAUGGCAGAGUUGGGCCUCUGCUGGCAUGUAUCUUUCGGAAACAGUUCCAAAACAUUCGUGAUGGGGACAG